GCUCGUUUGUUGUGUUAUUAGCUGAAUUGAGAAAAUGGAUUUCGUUUUACUAUCCAAUUAUUUUGCCAUUUCAUUCGCAGCGAAUCCAAUUUCCGAGCGUCUUUUGCUCAGUACAGUGAAUCAACAUCUGAAACGAGAAUUUCUAUGUCGAAAGGGUAAAUUCAUUGACAAAAACGAUAUCGUCUAUGUGAACGAAUCGGAAAAUUCGGAUCAUUUUUUCCAGAUUGUUUUUGGUUUCAGCAUGGAAAUAUGUCGACCCUAUCGGAAAGAUGGUUCGCAACCAUUUCUGUUGAACAUCAACGCCAAAUUGUAUUGUUUGGAUGCCGGAUUCAAUUUGAUUAUUUACAACAAACUGUCGCAUACAUAUCGAGAUAUAUUACGUCAUCAGGCCAGUGUGCCGGCCGAUAAAUGUUUUGAAAGGAUACGAAACUAUGCUACAAAGUUGGCCCAAUCGAUUCGCUAUAAGGAUAUUGUCGUCGAUUUGAAUCCAAUCGAAUUCGAGGCCAAAAUUUUGCCGAUGCCGUCAUUGUUGCCAGCGAAAAAAUGCGACGAUGGUGGUGAUAGUUUGCAACCAUUCUACGAUACGAAUUUCGAACCCGUCAGAUGGUCGAUAAUUUCAUUGAACGAAAAACGAUUCGAGAAAGAUGAAUUGCAAUCAUUAAGAGAUCGGAUUAUUGGAAAAGCUGAACAAUAUGGAAUUCGAGCAUUGAGGAAAGAGAAUUGUGUUGAAUGUCAAUCGAUUCGAAUCGAUUCACUCGAGCAAAUGGGUUGCCAUUUUUCUCAAUUGGCCACUGAUCAUCAGAUACAAUUGGCCAUAGUAUUGAUCAAUCAAGACAUCAAAUUGGCUAAUGGCCACAAAGCUCAAACAGUAUUUGAUUUGUCGGCAUAUUUGGCCCGAAAAAAUGCUUUCAUCAGUUUCAAUUAUGCUUCGUUCGAGUUUCUCGAUGAUGAUGAUGGUCAGCAUUCUCAAUCGAAUUCAUCGAUCGAUCGAUUAUUGAUCCGACUUUGCCGUACGUUCGAUGGAUUGGUGAACGUUGUGGAUCGCAAUCACCUCAAUCAAAUUAUCCAGCCCUGUUGUCCGUCGUUCGACAUUGGACGCACAAUGCUGAUUGGUUGUUAUCACCGAAAACAAGGUCAAAAAUCGGCCACCAGUUUUUGGAUUUCGUUGGAUGAGCAAAUGAAAAAAUGCGUCAAAUUGAAUCGUUUCACACCGGAACAUUUGGAAGAAGCACUUGAACAAUACAAGCAAUUGAAUGGCCAAUAUCCUGAUUUUAUAUUUUUGUUUCGAAAUCUGUUGCCAUUCGAAAAGGUUCAUUCGAAUGUCUAUCUCAAUGCUAUGAUCGAGAUGAUUCAGAGUACAAUGGCCAAAUUGCAACUAACAUGCAAACUAACUUGUCUGCUUGUGGAAAAGAAACCACGCGAAUGCAUUAUAGCGAGUGAUGCUCGUUCGCUGUACGGUACAAUGGCCGAAGCUCCAUUCAAGCAAUAUUUGAUGAUUGGCUAUCGAUCGUUUUGCCUGUUUGCUGACAAUUCCAACUAUGGACUGAAACUAUUACGACCAACCAAAUAUCAUGUGAUAUGGGAUCAGAUGCAAUUACCGGGUUGGGUUUUGGCCGAAUUCUGUUUCAGUUUAUGUCAUUAUAGUGUUGACUCGUUUUUCGUGAAUGAUAUACCUGUUUGUUUGGAAUUGGCCGAUCAAUUGGCCAAAUUACAGAUUCAAAUGAUGAAUGCUCAGGAAUUUAUGUCAAAUCAAUAACCUCUUUUGUGAAAAGCAAAUCAUUUGUAACGAAUUUUUUUCUUUCUUUCUCAAAACUCAAAAAGCCUAUUAAUUCGUUUUUGAUGGUGUUGUUGUUGUUGAUCUGAUUUAUCAAUGUAGAUCAGGUUGAUUUGUUAUCUUUUGAGAAUUGAUCAGUGUUCAAUGAGGUCGAACUAAAUAACUGAUUUGCUGGCUGGCUGUAAUUGAUAUGUUUGAAGUAAAAUAAAUAAAUGUAUUUUUUAUCAA